UACACUCCCAUCACAGAUGGAGCUUCCCACUCGUGCUCGUCUCCGCUCUCAUACCCAGAUCAGGCAGGGUGAAGUAAGACACUGAGUUUGGAGACUGAGGAAGAGAUAAGGCGUGUGUUGUGUGGAUAUUUAUUCCUGUUUGGAGUCUACAGUUUGGACUUUACAUAGAUGGUGAAGGAUCUGUUUGGGGGUUAAUGUUUGGAUAUUUCGGAUAGACAGUGCACUCUGGAGUGUGGACACUGUGGCAUGGACAGCCUUUGUCUUUGGACAAUACAGUAGUCUAUUUUUGGAUACUGGAGUAUGGAUAACAGGCCUCAUAACUCAGCGUGGAACGGCAUGGAGACGUGACACUUCAGCCAUGCUGUGUGGUUUAUGGAGAGAAGGCCGCAAUGAUGACGGCCCUUAUCCUAAAGGGAAUAAAGACUGCGCAGCCAACGAGAGCAGCGUGGUCCCAAAGAGGCGAAGCAUUCCAGAUGAGAUUCGAGGGCUGACCACAGUGGAGUUGAUAAAGAGAGAAGGUUCCAGUCUGGGCCUCACCAUCUCCGGAGGCUCGGAUAAAGAUGGCAAGCCUCGAGUGUCGAACCUCAGACCGGGAGGCCUGGCAGCAAGUCUGUGUGUUCGUCCCAGGAGUGACCAGCUGAACACGGGCGACUACAUAAAGUCCGUGAACGGCAUCAACCUGUCGAAGCUGCGGCACGACGAGAUCAUCAGCAUGCUGAAAAACAUUGGAGAGAGGGUGGUGCUGGAGGUCGAGUAUGAGCUGCCUCCUCUGGCUCCCAGCAGUCCCAGCAGCGCCAUCUCCAAAACCAUCGAGGUGUGUCUGGAAAAAGAAGGGAACAGUUUCGGAUUCGUGCUCCGAGGUGGGUUUCAUGAGGACUGGCAUAAGGCUCGUCCUCUAGUGGUGACCUACGUCAGACCAGGGGGCCCUGCAGACAGGGAGGGCACACUGCGUAUCGGGGAUCGGGUACUGAGCGUAAACGGAGUGGCUUUGAACCGACGGAAACAUGCCGACGCUCUCACUAUACUCAUGCAAAGCAGCCAGGAGGCUUGUUUCCUCAUCGAGUACGACAUCAUGGUCAUGGAGUCAGUGCAACAGUCUUCAGGACCUCUGCAGGUGGAGAUCACGAAGAGCGCCGGCUCUGUGCUGGGUCUGAGCCUCACCAGUGCCCUCUACAAGAACAAACAUGUCAUUACAAUCCAUAAAAUCAAACCUGCCAGUGUUGCAGAGAGGUGCGGUGCUCUGCAUGUAGGUGAUAUUCUCUUGGCUAUAGACGGCAUGAGCACUGAGCACUGUUCUUUAAUGGAAGCUCAGCAGCUGCUGGCCAACUCCUCCGAAGUCACCAAGCUUGAGAUCCUGCCUUCAACACACAGCUUACAUGACACGGUGCGUAUCCAGAGGAGCAACCAGCAGCAGUGGGAGUCUGGUGUUAACCCCUUCAGUGGCCCUGCGCCAACCCAAAGCAAAGCCCCAUCAACCUGGAGCAACACCACGCCAACACACUCCCACUGCACAUCUGUGGCAUCAGGCAGCUCGUCUCAGACGUCAGGCUUUCACAGUGGUAAGAGCGGCUCUGCGUAUUCAAGCCCGUACCCCUGCAGCACUCUGCCCUCGUACCCCUCGAGUCCACGCACCAACACCACCACCACCAGGAGGAAGCCCAGGAGAGCCGAGCACAAGAGCUCAUUGUCUCUCUCCAGCACGGUGGGUGUUGGUGGUCAGGUGGUGCACGUCGAGAACAAUGAGGUGGUGCUCAGAGGAGAUCCGCUCACCGGCUUCGGCCUGCAGCUCCAGGGGGGAGUGUUUGCCACGGAGCCGCUGUCUGCACCCGCCUGCGUCCGAUUCAUAGACCCGGACUCACCUGCUGAAAGGUGUGGAGUGCUGCAGGUUGGAGACAGAAUCCUCUCUAUAAACGGAAUCCCAACGGAUGACGGAACGCUGGAGGAGGCCAAUCAGCUCCUCCGAGACGCAGCUCUGUCCAAUCAGGUCACGCUAGAAGUCGAGUUUGACGUUGCAGAAUCUGUAAUCCCAAGCAGUGGUACGUUUCACGUGAAGCUGCCAAAGAGGCGUGGUGUGGAGGUGGGCAUUACUAUUAGUGCCAGCAAGAAGGCAGGCCGACCUCUGAUCAUCUCCGAGAUAAAGAGAGGGAGCAUCGCUCACAGAACAGGUACCCUGGAGCCUGGCGAUCGUUUGCUGGGCAUCAACAAUGUAAAAUUGGAGGACUGUGGAAUUGACGAGGCGAUGGCGGUCCUCCAGCAGGCUGAGGACAUGGUCAGACUGCGCAUUCAGAAAGACGAGGACAACUUGGACGAGCUGGAGUCGUCCGGCUCUGUGAUUUUCACCGUGGAGCUGAAGAGACACGGCGGUCCCCUAGGGAUCACCAUAUCUGGCACGGAGGAACCCUUUAACCCGAUUCUCAUCUCCAGCCUGACCCGUAACGGUCUUGCACACAGGACUGGGGCUCUUCACGUUGGUGACCGUGUGUUGGCCAUAAAUCACGUGAGUUUGAAGGGGAAGCCGCUGAGCGAAGCCAUUCAUCUGCUGCAGACUGCCGGAGAUUCUGUAACGCUCAAGAUCAAAAAACGAACUGAAUCUGUGUUCGAGUCGAGCUCAGGCAGUCCUAUAAGGGCGGGAUCUGGUCUAAGUGACACCGAAGACGACCGCUCCGAUUCGCUCAGGCACUGUAAACACUCUGGGCUUCGCCACCUAGCCACGCCCCCCAGCAUGGACUCAGCCAUGGACUCAUGGGAUGGCUCCGCCCUCGACGCUGAGUAUAGGAGUCAAGGUGCCUACAUCCAUCGGACAUCUGACCUGACCGUCCACCCUAAUGAGUGGAAACGAACCAAUCAAAGAAGCCCAUUGACCUCCAGGAGAGACGCGCACCGAGCUGCGGUGCAUGAUGAGAAAUCAGGAGAGGAAGGCUGGAAAUAUCAUGGAUCUGUUAGCCCAAUGCGUCGCCGUGGCAACACUGACUCUCAGGAGAGCUAUUGGUCGCAAGCCCUGCAGGACCUGGAGACGUGCGGCCAAUCAGAAAUCCUCCGAGAGCUGGAGGCCACCAUGAUGUCAGGCAGCACGCUGAGUUUAGGGGACGAGAGUGAGAUCUGUAACGACGGUGACCUCAACCUUCCACCACUGAACCUGAAGCAGUGUUGGGAUUGCAGCACAGAAACUGAGCUCAACGACUCGAACCCCGCCGUGCCGUUAGAGCUACACAAGAUCAGCGUCCUGAAGGAUGAAGACAGCAGGGAUUUUGGCUUCAGUGUGUCCGAUGGCUUGCUGGAGAAGGGUGUGUAUGUGAACAUGAUCCGGCCGGACGGUCCUGCAGAUCAGGCGGGGUUACAGCCGUACGACCGAAUUCUUCAGGUGAAUCACGUGCGCACGCGGGAUUUUGACUGCUGCUUAGCCGUGCCCCUGAUUGCCGAGUCAGGAGAUCAGCUCCAGCUUGUCAUCAGCAGGAACCCCCUCACACAGCCACCCCAGUGGUCCCCUAAGGACAUCCGGGACCUCUCGGACACGCUUCCUCCUGUCCCUGUCCGCAGCCCGAUGAAGACGGAACUCGGGUCGGAGGUCAUACCACUGAGUGGCGGGUCACUGUAGAAGAAAGCACGCUCUGUCUUCUGUCUCUCUCUCUCUCUCUCUCACACACACACACACACACACGUGCACACACACUUCUUUUAUUUCACUUCUUACACAACUAAAACCGCUUGCACGCAGUUGGUCAGUUUCCAUGACACCACUUUAAAAAAAAAUAAAAAAAUGAAAGAUCACCAGGUUCACUCCGACCCACUCAAACGUUUCACUUUGUUGAAGGAUCCAGUUUAAUUUUAGUUUUUUAUUCGGUUUGCUCACUGGUUUUUUAGGUUCUCACACACACACACACACACCUGCACCAUUACACACUUUAACUUUAGGUUAUAAUGUCCUGAAGUGUUUUAUGCAUUUGGUUAUAAACAAUAUGACGCACAAACAGAAAGAGAGAGCAGAUUCACGCUCACCUUCAGAUUCUUUGUCAUGUUUAAAAAAAAAAAAAAAAAAAAAAACAGAUUCUCCUGCUAACUUUUACGCACCAUCGGUUAUUGUUCUGUCUAUGUGUAAAUGCAAAUGAUUUAUGGUGCUUCUUUAAUGUGUUCAAAACAUUUUUUUUAUAUAUAUAUAACCUGCUUCAGUUCAAGCUGGCUCGAGAGGCCGAGAGAGCGGAUCUAGACUCAAUUAAAAUGAGUCUAAAUUUUAUAUAAAUAUAUUAUAUGUAUACAGAGAAAUGUGUGAGGGAAUGUGUACUGUAAAGAGUACUGUACAUAAUGAUUAUAUGUAAAGGUGUAUGUGUCCUUAUGAGAAAACAAGGCUGUGUUCGCUUGAUCAUUUUUAUACCGUAAGUGCGAUAAGUCCGUUAUUAAAGUGUGAGAUUAGUUUUAAUUGUACCUCUUUUAAAAGUGGGACAGAUUUCCCCGGUCAGUGGUUUUACGAACAUUCCUUCACUGUUCAGUAAGUGUCCGAGUGUACAAUCUGAUCAUGUGUAUAUGGAAAUGAAUGCUUUUAUUAAUGGAUGCAAAAGUUCCUCUUUUUUUUUGUUUCUUUUUUAAACAAAAUAAAGAAUAUAAGCCAUU